CGUACGGUCCAUGACGACCUGUGCGCACCGGCGACGCCGGCAGCAGGGCAACCGAUUCGCAACACCGAUCCGCCCGAAAACGUUGGUCCGGCGGCAGCUCGGCAUAUUCAGAUUCGCAUGAUCCGAACUCCGAGAUUACAACGCGGUAAAGUAAACAAACAAAAAAAAAACAACAAAACACGAAACGACGCGACACGACCGUCCGUAACAAUACGAAACGCCGCAACACUUUUUAACGGUCAUACUGGAGACGCGCUGCAGUCGACCUCGGGUGAAUGUUUUUCGUGUUCACGACGCGGUCGCCGGUCUACAUCAAAAGCAUUGAUAGUUGCAGUGCUGCGGGUGCACCUUUUAGGGUAGGUACAGGCGGUUAUUAUGUCCCUAAAGGUAUUCAAAGAGCACGCCGAGUUGUUUCCAAUCCGCGACGUACCCGCUGUAGUGGACGUGUUCCGCAGAGAACUGGAAAAAAAAGAACCCGACCUGUUGCUGCUGUCGCUGGUGGCUGGUGCCAUCGAGAAUACAAUGACUUGUGUCCGACCGACCACCGAAGAGCCGGUCGCCGUGACGGCAGAAACAAACUUUGACUUUGAUCAGGUACCGCUGAGACUGCCCGACGUUGAAUUGCACAUUGUAGAAGCACUGUACACAAAAUUCUACUCAGUCAUCAAAAGCAGUGUUGACCCACUGCAUUUUGGUGAACGGGACGGACAUGCCAGCCGAGAACUUGUCAAAAGGGUGUCUGAUGUCAUAUGGAACACGCUGACUAGAAGUUACUAUAAAGACAGAGCACACUUGCAAAGCAUGUAUAGCUAUUUGACUGGUUCAAAAUUGGACUGUUUUGGUGUUGCGUUUGCUGUAGUAGCUGCUUGUCAAAUACUUGGUUACAAUGAUGUUCAUUUAGCUUUGUCUGAAGACCACGCAUGGGUUGUAUUUGGUCCAGAUGGUAGUGAAAACGCAGAGGUUACAUGGCAUGGAAAGGGAAAUGAAGAUAAACGUGGACAAAAAAUUAAAGAUUCAGGACCUGGUCAUAGAUCAUGGCUAUAUGUUAAUGGUCAUCCUGUAGUUUGUAAUAGGCAUAUGGAAGUAUCAGCAUUAGUUAGUUCUAUUAACCCAAGUAUUAAUCAAUCUAAUGAUGCUUUGGAAGUUGCUACUCUUCAAAAACAUCUUUUGUGGCUUCUUUAUGAUGAAGGACACUUAUCAAAAUUUCCACUUGCUUUAGGUAACUUGGGUGAUCUAGAAGAGUUAAAUGCAACACCUGGAAGACCUCAUUGUACAGCCUUAUUUGAAGAAGCUAUAUCAGCUGCUCGUAUAUACUAUAGUGAUAUGUUUGUCUAUCCAUAUACUUACCAAGGUGGAUAUUUCUACAGACACAAUAUGAUUAAAGACGCUUUUGCAAGUUGGGCCAACGCUAGUCAAGUUAUAAGCAAGUAUAGUUUUAGUAAAGAUGAUGAAGAGUUAUAUAAAGAAAUGAUGGAUAUUGCUUAUGAAUUAAUACCAUACUCAUUGAAAGAAAUGACAUGUGGCAAAAGUCGAUCAAUAUUGAAUAAUCCACAAUGUUAUGCUUAUGUCUUAUUAAUUUAUGAUGGUCUUUGUCUUUGGGAAGAAGAUGGAACCACCCCAGUAUUACAUAUUAAAUGGGCAAAACAUUUUAUAAAUUCUAUUUCUAAGUUUGAUGAUAGUGUGAGAACGAGACUUAUCAUAUUAGAACCAAAAGAUUCUGAAAAUGAUAGUGAUUUAGUACAAGAUUAUCAUGAUAAUAACAUGAAUAAUAAUAAUCGUCUACUACCUAAAGAAAUUUUAAAUACUAUACCUGGUACAGACGAAGAAACUAAAUCAGAACUCCAUCCUGGCAUUGAAGCACUAACUGCAGCUUGUAGUGAACGAAUAUUGAAUCGAGAGUUCUUAUUGCAAGGUGGUGGAGAACCUUUUGUAGGUAGUUCUGAUUCAUUACCUACUCCUACUACUACACCUCAAACACCUAUUUUAGAAACAACAAUAAAAGAUGAUGAAUCUGAAACUAAAAUUAUGUUGAAAAGUAAAAAGAUGAGAAGUAUGAAAGAUCUACUAAUUGCAAAAAAAUUGAAUACACAGGCAAUUAGUUUACAAAUGAGUGCUCAGUCACAAGGUGGAAAACGUCAUGCACCUAGAGAUACUGCAGAACCUAUAUCCAGGCGCAGUAGAAGAAAUAACAACUAAUUAAAUGUAUACUAUAAAUGCAUUAAACUAUUUGGUUAAGUUUUCAGUAUUAUAUGGAAACGUUAUGCGAGUUAUUAUGAAUAUUUGUUAUGAAAAAUCUUGUCUAUAUUUAUUUAGGAUUGGGUAUAUUUACUUCAAUUUAUUGUUCUCCAUUAUUUGAUUGUAUUUU